AUGACAAAACUAAAAGCAUUUAUGACGCAAUUUUAUAAACUCAAUCCAGCUCAAACAUUGAAAGGACAUCAACAUCGUAGUACGCAUUCAAUUGCUUUACUAAAUUAUUGCGAAAAUUCGGUUGGUACUGCACAAUUACCCGGCGUGUGUUACAUGUAUGGUAAUCGUCAUCUGAUUCCUUUCGCGCAACAGCCUGGUGGAGAUCACGCGCAGUAUUUGUGUCAACAGAACGGCGAUCAAACAUUGAUUUCAAAUAAAUAUGUUCUUGGAACAGUUAACGUAACAACAAAUCCAUCCUGGAAUGAGAAUUUUCGAUUCGAAUUCUAUGAGGAAUCUGGAGAACUGAUUUGCAUUAUCACUUCGCAAAAUUAUCGUUGUGACGAUGCAUCUAGACAUAUGUCGCGCUCAUCGAAUCAAUAUGAUAAAGUACUAUAUUCAUGCUUUUCAUUUUCAAUAAGUGUUGUAAUUCAUCGUUCACUCACCGCAGUCCAUAUUUAUUAUCGAUACUCACCGACAGAGGAUCUUCGAAUUGAAAUCAUCAUUUAUGGCAUCGGUGGCGGCCGAACUGUUAAUGACAUUCAGAUCAUGCAACAUGAUUCAUUGAUCCAUCGUUCGUCUGGUUUGUGUGUGGCAUUUAGCCGUACUUGUGAUUUUGAGAACGGUGUACGCGGUAGUCGAAGACGGACUUUCACAGCCACACUAGCGGCACAACUGUGUAGUAUCUUUCUGAAGAAAGCAUACAAUAAGAUCAAGGAGCUUUUUAUUCCGGCUUCACAAACAUCUGUGAGCCAUGCUAAAGCCGCUUGUAUCAGAGACCUAAGAGUGUCUAAUAAUAAAGCGUUUGCUACAAGUAUGAUCGUAUUUCUUCUUCAUGAUGGUCUCUAUCGAAAGACCAUGAACAAUGUUCUAUUCGGAAACCAAGCCUUGCAGAUCGUUCAAGCUAUUAAACAAGCAAGCGCUAGUGCACAUCGAGAAGCAAUGACUCUUAUUACAAAUACCACAAUGAAUCUUGCAUAA